CUUGCAAAACCUUCUGGAAGCUCCCCAGUCUGCACUGGGUAGUGUUUCUCAGGUCAACGACCACCUGCAAUUUCUCAGUUUGAGGGUCCUGUUUGGACAGCAACUAUGGUUAUGUAACAGGGACAGUAACUGGAGGACUGAAGGCGCUGUUGCAGCAGAGCAGCUCCGAACGCAAAGAAGCCGCAAAAAUGUCCACAUGCGAGUUUGAGUCGCUGGAGAAAUCUCUGGAGUCCCACCUUCCAGAGGCCGAGCUGGCAGAGGUGAAACGCGUUCUGUUCGGUAGAGAAACACAGAGGUUGGAGCUUCCCACCUGUGCUGUGAAAGCUGCAGCUGAGCGUGAAUUUGAGCUGAAAGGAUACAAGUUUGACGCUGCACAGGAGCAGCUGAGGCCACCCAAAGCAGUCAGAGUGGGACUGGUUCAGCACCACAUUGUUCUGCCUACUGAUGCCCCAAUCCUGGACCAGAUCAACGCCAUGCACAGCCGUGUUGGUGAAGUUGUCGAGGUAGCUGCUAUGUGUGGUGUUAACAUCAUUUGCUUUCAGGAGACCUGGACCAUGCCAUUUGCUUUCUGCACCCGGGAGAAAGAUCCAUGGACAGAGUUUGCAGAAUCUGCUGAGGAAGGGAACACCACACGGUUCUGCCAAGAGCUUGCCAAAAAAUACAACAUGGUAGUCAUUUCCCCAAUUCUUGAGCGAGAGGAAUUGCAUAGCACUCUGUGGAACACAGCGGUGGUGAUCUCCAAUUCAGGAAACGUGCUGGGAAAGAGCCGGAAGAACCACAUUCCCAGGGUCGGAGACUUUAAUGAGUCCACAUAUUAUAUGGAGGGCGACACAGGACACACAGUGUUCCAGACACAGUUUGGAAAGAUUGCUGUGAACAUCUGCUAUGGGCGUCACCAUCCCCUCAACUGGCUCAUGUACAGCAUGAACGGAGCAGAGGUCAUCUUCAACCCCUCUGCCACAAUUGGUGCUCUCAGUGAGCCCAUGUGGCCGAUAGAGGCCAGGAACGCAGCAAUAGCUAACCACUGUUUUACGUGUGCCAUCAACCGUGUUGGGACAGAACACUUUAAAAGUGAAUUCACAUCUGGGGAUGGAAAAAAAGCUCACCAUGACUUUGGUCAUUUCUAUGGGUCCAGUUAUGUGGCCGGUCCUGAUGGCAGUCGCACCCCAGGGCUCUCCAGGACCCGUGAUGGACUGCUGGUGGUGGAGAUGGAUCUAAAUCUCAACAGACAAGUCAGCGACAAAUGGAGUUUUAAGAUGACAGGGCGGCAUGCAGAGUAUGCAGAAGAACUCAAAAAGGCUGCAAGACAUGACUUCAAACCCAAAAUAAUAAAGGAGUAGAACAGACUUCACACAGAGCUCCCUGUGUAUGUAACUGUUCAGGAAAAAUCUAUAGAUUUAAUGCAGCCAAGUAAAGGCACUCUGGUGCAGUAUGUUAAUCUCAAUAUAUAUGCAAAUAUAUGAAGUAACUUUGCUGUAGGCUCCCACAGAAUACUUUAAAGGGAUUUAAAGAAAUGAGUAAAAUCUGCAUAAAAUUUAUCCUUGGCAACAAUCAACAGUUUCCUAAUCAAGUUAUAUUUUAUUGACUCAUUUAUGAGGAUAAAAAAACACCAAGAAUGUAGCAUAUGUUCAAAUCUUUUAAUUACAGCUUAUAAAUGCAGUUCUAUGUUUAAAAAAAAAUAAAGAUUGUGGUUUAAAA